AUGACGGACAGCUCCUACUUCGCCGAGGUCCUGCAGUCACUGGAGUCCAGCUCUUUAGAAGACAAGAGUUCAGAGAAAUUAUCUCCCCCAAAACAGGAUCUCGCUGACUCACUGGAGAGAGAUGAGCAGCACAAUGAAUCCAUUAAAAGAGCCCAGCAGGAACUGAAAACUCAUCUGAAGAAGAAGUUUGAAUACAUAUUUGAAGGUUUAGCAGUGCAGGGCCACACAACUCUCCUCAAUGAGAUCUAUACAGAGCUCUACAUCACAGAGGGGGGAAGUGGGGGGGUCAAUAAUCAGCACGAGGUCAGACAGAUUGAGACAGCAUCCAAGAGACAAACCACCCAGGAGACUCCGAUCCUCUGCAAUGACAUCUUUAAGCCUUUACCUGGACAAGAGAAACACAUCAGAACUGUGCUUACAAAGGGCAUCGCUGGCAUUGGGAAAACAGUCUCUGUGCAAAAGUUCAUUCUGGACUGGGCAGAAGAUAAAGCCAAUCAGAACGUUGAUUUCAUCUUCACUCUUCCUUUCCGAGAUCUGAAUCUGAAGAAGGAAGGAGCAUUCAGCCUGAUGCAACUUCUGCAGCACUACUUUCCACAACUGAAAGAGAUCAAAAGUGUUGAUGGUAAUGAAGUCAAAGUUGUGUUUAUCUUUGAUGGUCUGGAUGAGUGUCGACUUCCUCUACAUUUCCAAAGCAAUGAGAUCUGCUGUGAUAUAACAAAGUCAUCAUCAGUGGAUGUGCUGCUGACUAACCUCAUUAAGGGGAAUCUGCUUCCCUCUGCUCUCCUCUGGAUCACCUCCCGACCUGCAGCAGCCAAUCAGAUCCCUCCUGAGUGCAUCCACCAGGUGACAGAGGUACGAGGGUUCAAUGACCCACAGAAGGAGGAGUACUUCAGAAAGAGAAUCAGACAUCAGAACCAGGCUAGCAGAAUCAUCUCACACAUCCAGUCAUCCAGGAGUCUCUACAUCAUGUGUCACAUACCAAUCUUCUGCUGGAUUUCUGCUACUGUUCUGGAGACAAUGUUGGGUAAAGUAGAGAGUGGCGAUCUGCCCAAAACUCUGACUGAAAUGUACACACACUUCCUGCUCAUUCAGACUAAUGUGAAGAAUCUGAAGUAUCGUGGCUCUGAUGAAACAAACCCAAAGAUGUCAGCAUCAGAUACAGAUAUCAUCCUGAAACUGGGGCUGCUGGCUUUUGUACAGCUGGAAAAGGGCAAUUUGAUAUUCUAUGAAGAGGACCUGAGAGACAGUGGCAUUGAUGUCACUGAAGCUUCAGUAUACUCUGGGGUGUGCACAGAGAUCUUUAAAGAGGAGCGUGGGUUGGGUCAGGAGAAGGUCUACUGCUUUGUGCAUCUGAGCAUUCAGGAGUAUCUGGCCGCCUUGUUUGUGUUUCAUUCAUGUGUAAAUGAGAACAGAAAUGUACUCAGAGCAGAAGAAUCAAGACCGCACAGUGGCAGAGUGCAGCUGUCUGAGUUACAUGAGACUGCAGUGGAUCAGGCCUUAGAGAGUAAGAAUGGACACCUGGACCUUUUCCUCCGAUUCCUUCUCGGCCUCUCUCUGGACUCCAUUCAGCCCCUCUUAGAAGGAAUACAGACACAGACAGGAAGCAGAUUCCCUGUACCAGACCCACAGACACAGACAGAAAGCAGAUCAGAGAGCAUCAAGAAAACAGUCCAGUACAUUAAGAAGAAGAUCAAAUACGAAUCUUCCGCAGAGAGGACCAUCAAUAUGUUCCACUGUCUGAAUGAACUGAAUGACAACUCUGCAGUGAAGGAAAUCCAGAAUUCCCUGAGAUCAGGAAAACUUUCUGAUGAAUGGCUGGAACCCCACCAAUGUUCGGCUCUGGCCUUUGUGUUACUGAUGUCAGCGGAGGUCCUGGAUGAGUUUGACUUGAAGACCUACAACACAUCAGAAGCAGGUCGUGACAGACUGGUACCAGUAGUCAGGAACUGCAGGAAGGCCAUACUGAACAGCUGUGACCUAAGUGAGAAGUCAUGUGAAAUUGUGGCCUCAGCUCUCCAGUCAUCAAACUCACCCGUGAGAGAUCUGGACCUCAGCAGCAAUAACCUGGGAUAUUCAGGAGUGAAGCUGCUCUGUGCUGGACUGAUGAGUCCAAACUGUAAACUACAGAGACUGGGACUGAACAGCUGUGACCUAAGAGAGAAGUCCUGUGAAAUAUUGGCCUCAGCUCUCCAGUCAUCAAACUCACCCCUGAGAGAUCUGGACCUCAGCUACAAUAAGCUGGGAGAUUCAGGAGUGAAGCUGCUCUGUGCUGGACUGAUGAGUCCAAACUGUAAACUACAGGCUCACAUGUCCGGCGUCAGACUCCGGGUCUUUGGGUUUGCCGUCGGGGAAGGUGGGGUCUCCUUCAGGGCCAGUUCGUGGAGUCGACUGAACAGUUGUGACCUAAGAGAGAAGUCCUUUGAAAUUGUGGCCUCAGCUCUCCAGUCAUCAAACUCACCCCUGAGAGAUCUGGACCUCUGCUACAAUAACCUGGGAGAUGCAGGAGUGAAACUGCUCUGUGCUGGACUGAUGAGUCCAAACUGCAAACUACGGAGUCUGGGGCUGGGUUGGUGUAAUCUCACAGAGGGCUGCUGUGAUGUUCUGGCCUCAGUCUUGCGUUCUCCUCACUCAGAGCUGAGUGAUCUGGAGCUGAGAGAUAACGAGCUGCAGGAUUCAGGAGUGAGAGCGCUCUCUGCUGGACUGGAGGACCCACACUGUAAACUGCAGAGACUGGGGCUGUCAGGCUGUAGAGUCACACAGAGAGGCUGUGAUUCUCUGGCUUCAGCUCUGUGUUCAAACCCCUCACACCUGAGAGAGCUGGACCUGAGAUACAAUCACCCAGGAGACUCAGGAGUGAGAGCGCUGUCUGCUGCUAAACUGGACACACUCAGACGGCUGUCGGCUCACACUGGAUCCAAACACAGCUCACAGAGAGCUGUCUCUGUCUGA